AUGGAACAAAAACAACCUUUAAAGUACGGACUUAACAUAGUCGGAUCUAAAAAAACACCCAUAAAAAGAAUUUCAGUUUUCACUGAAGAGGACAAUAAUGAAGAUUCUAGCCUUAAUACGAGUUCUAAUAAAAACCACUACACUAAAACUGUUAAUCAACAAUUAUCUUCUUCCAAAACAAUAAAUCAAUCAGUUCAAGAAAAGUAUAAAGCAGCUUUAGAAGAAGAUCCUAAUGUGUUUGCCUAUGAUGAAGUAUACGAUGAUAUGAAAAGCGUUGAACGAAAAAGAAAGGAAGAGCUUAAGGGGAAGAACGUUGGUAGCGCCAAAAAGCCUAAAUAUGUUGAAGAUAUAUUAAAAGCUGCAGAAAUUCGACAACGAGAUUAUGUUCGUGCCCAAGAACGUAAGAUUCAAAAAGAACGAGAGGCUGAAGGGGAUGAAUUUGAGGAUAAAGAAACUUUCGUCACAUCAGCUUCGGCAAAAGCUGCAGCCAUUGAAGCAAGUCGUUUGGCAUUAUCAUCUAAAAAAACAGAAAAACGCACACGUUCCAGUUCAGCAUCCGACGACUCUGAUGAAGAUAAUAAACAUUUAAAAACUGAUAAAGAACUUGCGGAUAAAGCACGGGCGACUGGUAAAAUGGUAAUAUUGAACGACGACGAACAAAUAGUAGAUAAAAGGCAACUUUUGUCACCAGGGCUCAAUGUUACCAAGAAGCAAAUGAAUUCAUCAAAAUCGUUGCAAAAUAAAGAUUCACGGACAAAUUAUUAUAAUAAAAAAGAUGUAGAUAGAUAUAGCUCAAAACAUAGUAGUGAGAUGAGACGCCGUGAACGACAGAGUAAAGAACUGGAGCAGCAAAUUUUGGAAACUCAACAGAAAAAAGAAGCAGAAGAAAAGGUCCGAGAGGAAGAACUUUUAAAACAAUUCGCAAGAAAGAACGAUGAACAAGCUAUAUCUGAUGCAAGGGCUAGAUAUUUAGCUCGAAAAAAUAAAAAUCAGUCAUAG